GUUACCGCGUACACGCAUCAUAUCCCAAUCCACUACCGUCUCAGUCAGGCUACUCCAACGUGCUUGCGGUGGCCUUGAGCUCAUUUGACUCUUCGACACUCUUCCAUCAGUGGUUCAUAUAAUUAUAGACUUGUGAUAGUGAUUGGGGUGACAGUGAAGGUGGAAUUUUCAUUCUAAUCAAUUGUUUUCAUUUAUCCAGGAUCUAGGAUAAUAUAAUUGGAUCUCAACUUUCAAACGGAAUGUUGAAUAGUUUUAUUCUAGUCUGUCUCCUACUCGGCGGGAUGACAAAAGCAGAGGAAGUUGAAGUAGUUGAAGCAAUACCAGGAGAAGAAACGAGAAAUGAAAAUUCCGCAUCAAAUCGUCAAGACACUGAUGCUAAUGUAGUAGAUCAAAUAGCAGUAGAAUCACUAGGAGAUAGUGAAAACUCAAACCAGUAUAAAAAUCCCGGUAUACGACACCCGUUACCUUUGUCUCCUGCUCGAGGCAAUGUUGGUUUAGCACAUCUGAAUCGUCCUCAUCACAAUGUAGCUUACCAUAGACCUCCGCCUCUACUUUCUAACAACAAACAGCAAUCACAAAAUGAAGCGUUAGACAAAAUUUUUACAACUGGUAGUGGAUCUGGUGGUGAAUCUUGGCCAGUAUCGAUUCCAGAUAUGCCAAAAAUCGUGUCACUCGAUGUAAAAUGUGAAAAAAAUUCAAUGAAAGUGUUCCUUGGCUUUGAUAAACCAUUUUUCGGUAUAGUUUUCAGUAAAGGACAUUAUAGCAAUUCAAAUUGUGUUCAUCUAUCGCCGGGAUCAGGAAAAACCUCAGUGAACUUUGAAAUUGGAAUUCAUGCCUGUGGAACGGCUGGCAACACUGAAAAUGGUCUUUAUGGUUAUGGUGCAGAAUCUGGAUCGGGAACAUAUUUCGAGAACAUAAUUGUAAUUCAAUACGACGCUCAAGUUCAAGAGGUCUGGGAUCAAGCGAGAAAGUUACGGUGCACUUGGCAUGAUCUUUAUGAAAAAUCAGUAUCAUUUAGACCUUUCCCCGUAGACAUGUUGGACGUUGUUCGUGCAGACUUUGCUGGAGAUAAUGUCGGCUGUUGGAUGCAAAUUCAAGUAGGCAAAGGUCCAUGGGCAUCAGAAGUAUCAGGGUUAGUAAAAAUAGGACAAACAAUGACUAUGGUUUUAGCCAUUAAAGAUGAUGAUGCUAAAUUUGAUAUGUUAGUACGUAAUUGUGUUGCUCAUGACGGUAAACGUGCUCCAAUUCAAUUAGUAGAUCAGAAGGGAUGCAUAACACGACCCAAACUCAUGUCUCGAUUUAUAAAAAUCAAAAACUUUGGAGCCAGUGCGUCAGUUUUAUCUUAUGCUCACUUCCAAGCUUUUAAAUUCCCAGAUUCAAUGGAAGUUCAUUUCCAGUGCACUAUUCAAAUCUGCAGAUACCAUUGUCCUGAUCAAUGUUCUGAAUCUGGACCAUUAGAUCCCGGUCCUGGCUUACUUGAGAAUCACCAUCCGGAUGUGGGCUACGGUGUUCCUCAACCACUACCAUUACCUAUAGACACAUAUCUUCAAGCUGGAGCUGGAAGACCGCGUGAUGAACGACGCAGAAAGUCACGACAGGUCAGCCAAGCUCCUUUAAAAACAGUUGGAGUAAAUAGAAUUAUUAGAGUUGUCUCAACUGGAGAUUUAACUUUUGCUAUUGAUGAAACUAAUCAAGAAACUACGACUGAUUCUGCAAUUGUCUUUCCCGUGAAGGAGAGUAUGCCGGGAUCAACUUUAAUCUGUAUGACGACCCCGGGAUUUGCCCUUACCUUAAUUGUCUUACUGGCAGUUCUACUAGCCUCAUGUACACUUUCAGCGUAUCUCUGGAUCCGUUUAAGACCAUUUUCUAAAAAGAAAUGUAUUGUUGCGACGUAUAAUGCUCAAAAAAGUAAACAACAAUCAAAAACAUGCUUUUAUUCAUAGAUAAAUUCUAAGAGUAUCAUUGAUGGAACACCAGUUAUAAUUAAUAUCCAGAAUAAAUGUGUAUAUAUUUGUAUGCAGCUGUAUUGUAAUGGAAGGACAUAUCUUAUUUAAAAUAAAUUCACAUCACGUUUAUGACAUUCUUUAACAAAUGGAAAAUAUAAUGAAUAAUAAUUUGUGAUUACCAGAAAAAACGUGCUGUAUAGAUUUAUGUGCAUAUAUGUUGAUGCAUGUAUGUACAUGAAUGAACGUCAUAACUUACAUGAUGUGCGCUGGUGGCUGUUGUAGAGACAUGUACAGAGAAUUGAGCACGAUUUUCAAUAAAUAAUGUGCGACUGAAAAAAUGUCAACAACCACAUGUACACAUAUCAAUGUCGAAGCCUAUGGUUCUAAAGAGGAUAUAAACUUGACCCUUCAGCUCUUAUUCACAUGAAAAGAAGAUUCAGAGAGACUACUGAGUCUGCUGGAAAUCGUGUUAUAAACUGGUGAAUUAUAUGCUGCCUUCGAGAAUAUGAUUCACAAUAUUGCUGGUAUACUACGAAGUUAUUUAGAUGGAUAUUCCAAGUGGAAAUCAUUUGAUGUUAUAGAACUGGAAGUGCAUGGUUUGUUGAUUCGUCAAUUUGAGAAAUCAUUUUUUAUUUAAAUAUUACUUUGAAGAAUUAACUUUUUUAAGCUUUUGAAUAUAAAAAAAAUUUUUUUUCGUAUUAAGCUUGAAAAAGUUGAGAAUUUUAAAUAUAUUACUGGUUGGUGGAUUAUUGAAAGAAUAACUUGAAUAAAUAUUAUUUAAUUUAUCGUUUAAAUUUAAUAUUCACGUACGAUCUUCAAACCAUGCAUAGUAUUUUAGAAGACUAAAAAUUUACAUUCAUAUCAUUGUUAUUAUUAGAAUAUGCUGUUAUUACACAAAAUAUUCAGGACAAUAUUCAAUGUAUAAGUUUCUUUCUCAAUUUAAAUUAGCUACGUUCAAUUUUAUUGUUGGGUCCUCUACGCCGACAAAAUUAUGGACCAAAUGGGCUAUUAAUUUUAUAUUCUAUUGUUUAUUUAUUUUUCUCAUUAAAUUAUUAAUGUAAUGCUUAAUUAAUUUAUAGCUUAGCUGUAAAAAUUAUACAUAUAUAUUUGAAGCAUUUAAAAAUUAAUCAACUCUAGAUUAAAACUUACUGAGUCUUUUUUACAAUAUUAAAUUUAUUAUAAUGGAUAAUAUUAUAAAAAAGUAAUUCAA